AUGCACAUCCUCCUGAACGGGAACGUCGACAAGGACGACGAGCUCCUAGAAGCUUGCAUGCCGGAGGACUACAACGUGCAGACGGCAUUCAACGCGGCGCAGGCAACAACUCGCAACAACCUUGCCGACGGCACCUAUACAGGCUCCGUCGUCAUCGUCCAAGACCUCAUCGAUCACAUUCAAGGCCUGGAAGACAUCCUGUUCUACAGGUGCACCGACAACACCUGCGGGGGCGCAAUCACUAAACACCUGCAACCUCAAGUAUACGUACCUGUAGAACAGGAUGUCUGCCAGGCCUUGAAUGUGAUCGAUGAGGUCUUGGACGAUGACGACGGAGCCUGUAUAGGUGCCGUCGGCAAGGUUGUUGCGAGUUGUUGCCUGCGCCGCGUUGAAUGCCGUCUGCACGUUGUAGUCCUCCGGCAUGCAAGCUUCUAG